AUGGGACAGGACACCAAUAGUGCGGCCAAUGACUCCCUCAAGUCGCCGUCGCCGGGCGCCCCGCAGCAUAGACGCGGCUAUCAGGCCUGCGAUCCAUGUCGCAAACGCAAGGUUAAGUGUGAUCUAGGCAGUGUCGAUAAUCCUCGCCCCCCACCUUGUGUGCGAUGUCGUCGCGAAAGUAAACGAUGUGAAUUCUCGGCGACUCGUCGCAAGCGCAAAGCUUCCGAGGCGGCCGAGGACGAGGCGGAGGCUGCCGAAGUGCUUCGCCGCGACAAGCGGAUGAUGAUCGGAGAAGCAUCUGCAAAUGAAAUCCCCCCGAAAGUCGAGCCGAAUCAAUUCCCUCCUCCGCCAGAACCGUCUGUCGAGAGCGACGCGUUUCGCGCUCGGCAGAGAUGGCCCGAGGCCUCCCCCGCAGCUGCUACCACCCAGCGUUUUACCCCCAAUGCGCCCAUCUCCUCACAGGCUAGGCAGUUUCUUGAGAGGAAUCCUCGAUUACCCCCAUUUCAAACUAGUGAGCGAAGUACGGUGCCUGGCUAUGGAGGACCGCCGAUGAUGAACCGCACUGCCGUCGAGCUUUUGUCGCCAGCCAUCACGAACACACAUGAUGCGCUACACCUACUCUCCGAAGCCGCCGGUCGAACAGAAGAUCUAAAUCGUCAGAGCCUUGAGAAUCGCUACGGCGCUAGACGCUCUGUCUCCUCAUUCAACUCUGGUCCCUCUCCGUUGGCGCACGCAAACUCUCCCGGCAACGUGAGCGGGUCCUUUUCGCGGACUCCUCGUUCCGGUAUGUCGGCUGGUGGGAAUGGCUAUUUCCCAGGUGGUGCCGGGCCUUCAGGAACAGUCGAGUCUCAGAUCCCUGAUGACGGUGGUCCGCGGGAAAUCUUGCCAAAUCCUCAGGACCCCGGGUUUUUGGAUGCCGUGCGCGCAUGGUCACGACUCCGAUUCGUCCGCGCCGGAUGGAUGACGGUGGAGGAGGGUAUGGAGUAUGUGGCAUACUAUUAUGAAAAUCUUGCGCCGAUGAGCCCAGUAGUGACUCCCGAUUACUCUCAACCUUCUACGCAUCGCGCGUUGCUCACGGACGAACCUGUCUUGGCGGUGACCAUUCUUACGAUUGCUUCUCGACAUCUGAAACCCAAGGGUGACGGCGCCAGUACUCGUGCAUUCUAUAUCCAUGAUCGUCUUUGGUCGUAUUUGCGCGGCAUGAUUGAGCGCCUGUUCUGGGGCCAAGAGAAAUUUGACGCUCACGGAGGUCGCCCUCGAUCUUUAGAUCUCGCAUCAGGUGCCGGGGGUCCCACAUCAAAGGGAAAUUUGAGAGCCCUUGGAACAGUGGAAGCCCUGUUGAUUCUCACAGAUUGGCAUCCCCGAAACCUUCACUUUCCCCCAGGUGAUGAUGAGAACACACUUCUGGACAGGGAAGCUCAAUCACAAAACCGUACCGACAAAGACCUGGAUGCCGAAAGUGAUCCGGCAGGUAACAGGGGAUCUGCUGAGGGGCGAGUCGCUUUCCAAAAAUGGUUGGAGCCCGCCUGGAGAUCGGACCGAAUGUCGUGGAUGCUAUUGAGCACGGCGCAAGCGUUGGCCUUUGAACUUGGUGUUUUUGACCACAAGACCGAGUCAAAAGGAGCCCCUGAAUUGCCGUCCGAACAGUCCCGCAAGCGUCGGCUGCGACGACUGAUUCUAGUCUUCAUCACGCACAGUAGUGGACGACUGGGAAUCCCAUCUAUGCUGCCUCUGACAGAAUGGGGGCGAGAUAUUCCUGCGCCUACAACUGACUUGAAAGAUGGUGAUUUGGACUUAAAUCAGAUGCAAGAUUGCUGGAUGGGCAUCUCGAAGAUAGUGUACCAGGCAAACCAUCAACUGUUUUCAUCCAGUGAACAGACCUCAGAGUUGAUCAGGAGCGGGAGGUAUCGUGAACAGAUCGACUGGUUCCAACCGCAGUUGCGAGAAUUCCGACAGAAUCUGGACCGAGUCAAUUUGUCUCCUGCAAUGCGAAGCAUUUUGAUCAUUGAAUACGAAUAUACCCGUUUAUAUGUCAACUCGCUCGCUCUCCAAGCGGUCGUCGACCGUUGGACCACCAUGUCCAAUGAGUCUUCUGUCCAAGCCCAGACUAGCCGGUCAGGCCCAGGGCCAUCUGCUGGUAGCACUGGGUGGUUCCGCACGUUGAUGGAGCUCUACCGCGUCAACGAACCGUAUAUACAAGAAGUUGUGGAUGCUUCACGAAAGAUCUUACAGACUGUAUUGGAAGGUCUUGUUCCGGGCGGCCGUCUCAAACAUGCUCCCAUCCGUACAUUUUUCCGCAUUUUGUCUGGCAUGAUAUUCAUCCUGAAAACAUUCACACUUGGCGCCCGAGAAGACGACGUGCGAGUCUCUCUUGACCUACAGGAUCGUACUGUAGAGGCGUUGCGAACCUUCGUCGUUGACGAUGUACAUAUCAGUAACACCGUUGCUCGCCUACUAGAGCUCCUCACCAGCAGCAUUCGCACGCGAUUCCUUCGAUUCGCUCCACACGACCGCGGCGUCGAUGGUGACGGAAAUGCCUCGGCUCCCGUUUCCCGCGCCCAGUCCCCGCCACGCGACAGCAUUACGAGUCGUCGCGACGGCGCCCACACACCCUGGUCAUCUACGCAAGAUGCAACUCCGAGCGGCGGCCUAGGGGCCUACGUGGACAGCAACGGCGCCGGCGGGAAUCCGUCAGUGCCGAUCGGAUCGGCCCAUGAUCCGCUGGCCAGUAUUCCCGCGCAGCCGAUCAACUCGUCAAACCUGAACGUCUCCUUCAUGCCGCCUCCGCCAUCGGUAUACUACAACUACUAUGACUCGAACUCGGCCAUGUCGGCGAACGAUCUCGAGCGAUCGUCGCCUAACCAUGUUGUUACCUCGCAGGCCGUCGGGGAUAGUAACGGGGCGGGCGCUACGUCCGGUGCGCUGCCGGACUGGUUUGCGCUUCCGCUGGAUCAAUUCUUCAAUAGCUCCAGCGGUGUGGUAGACCAGGGUCUGGGCGGGACGGGCCCGAUGCUGGGUGAGUUUGAUAUGUUGGAGGUGCUUUUGAAUGAAGGCUAUGACGGGCAUGGUAACGGUGAGAAUGAGUCUGGAGGCCUUCCGCCUCACUUCUUGGGUUGAGCGUGCGCUCGGGCGUGAUGAAUUGGUCUCUACUUUGGACAUCUUGGGGACGACUCGUACCUUUUUCUGUCGCGUUUCUUUUUAUUUUCCCCCGUUCAAAACUAUAUACCCCUACGGGAUCUUCAUGUUGGCGUUGGUUGCAUUGGAGGUUUGAUCCUAUUUUUCUUGUUAUUUGUUAAUACACAAAAUCAUGUUGUUAAUUGUUUUUGAGGAUGGUGAUUGGCCAGGGCUUCAAUCUGGAUGAAACAGCGACAAGUUGCCUCCUGCCUGAUUCAAAUGGACCUGCGAUUUAUCCAUUCUAUUUGUUCAUGAAUUCAAAGCCGAUGUCAUGUGUCAAGUUAUGUUAAUGUUUUGUGAUUUUCAUCAAGGGUGGGUUCAGUGUUUGGUCUCAUGCUGGUUACUGCGGAGAAGGCGUUGCGGUAGUUUUGCUUCAGUCUGCACGAAUGAAGUGGCGCCCUUGAAGGUUUCAUACUGUCAAAUUGAAAGUCUCCAAGAUAUGUGUACGAUUUCUACUGGAUUCCAUCUGAUAUG